UCGUUUGCGCUCUGCCACUUGGGCGCUCUCUCACUCUCACCGCCUGAGUGUUUAUCCUUUUUAUUGUGUGGUUUGCCUUUGUGCAUGACAUUCCGCACUGCAUUUGUGUGCGUGCAAUUUCGUUUCGCUGCAUUUCGUUUCCACAACAUUUCGCCCGCAGAAUGCCAAUUCAAAUGAACGAACCAGUCGAGUUUCGUACUUCCAGUGAAACAAUCAGCUAUGCAGCGAAGACGCUGCGUGCCGUAGACUAACGCGUACAGAUAGCCUUUUUUCGGGGCUUGUAUACAAACAGACAUACUUGCUAAAGUAAAUGUGAAUUUUAAAUGUUCAAGGUUUUGAUAAUUUUGUUUUGGUGAAAUUAUUGAAUGUGUGAUUUUUUUGAAAUUUGUGUGAGUUUUAGUGAAUUGUAUGAGCUGUAACUGUUUGUGAUUAAUUUUGUGUUUUGGAAAAAAAAUAUUUUGUGUGUAACACAGUGUAAAAAGUGCAGAAAGUAUGUUAAAGUGCUAAAAUUUUGCAGAAAGAAUAAGAAAACAGUAAUAAAGCAUUAUUAAUAACGAAAAAUAACGAAAGUUGCAGAAAAAAAAAUCUAAAAAAGUUCCAAAAAAUUAAUAAAAAAUUCAAAAAAAAAUUUUUUAAAUAUUGAAAUAAAAAAUCAACUUGCAACACAGUCGCAUACAACUUGCCACAAAUCGCCGCCGACAAUGUGUUGCCUUUAGUGUCGUGUGGCGCAGUGCUGAAGUGUCAUCCUUCCGGCUGGUGCAACCUCCAACUACACACCUAAAAUACAUGUGUCGCGUGCAUGCUAAAGCUUACAACAAUAACAACAAGAAAGCAUAAAUAUAAAAUCGCAAAGGAUAAUAAAGGAUAACUGCUGAAUUCCGCUUCAAAGCGGUGCUGUUAGUUUUGCAUUCAGUUUGUUUCUGUUACUCCGCGACACACACAUACAGCAAUUGUUGUUGUUGUUGCUGCAGUGUUAUUAUCAUUGUUUCGGUUCGUGCAACGCUCCCUAUAAUCGUUUGUUCGUUCGUUCGUUCGUGCGCCCGUUUUUCGACGUCUACUUUUUUUACAACAACACAGAAACAACCGUUAUUUAUAUACAUACAAACGUUUUUCGCCGGUCGCUCGUCCUCUACUGUUUUGCAUCCGCAACAUUUUGUAUUUUCUCGCCUUCUUCGUGCAUUCUUCAACCGUGUUGCUAGUGUGUGUUGAAAGCUUUUUGUCGUGGCAAGCGCCUCAUGCUAUGCAAUAACGGUACAACAGUAAAAGCAGUCGCAUAAUAAUAGUUGCUUGUUGGUGGAAAUUUGUUACCGUUAUAUAUAAAUAUAUGUAUAUGUGAGCAUUUGAGGCAAGCUGAGAGGAUAAGCAGGCGCUGUGUUGAUUUUUUCGCUUGCUGAAUACCGUCACACACACAAGCAAGCACAUCGAAAAGCAGGCAAAGCCAUGCAGGCAUAGUUAAAGCAGCCAGCAGACAGGCAGACCCGCAUAGACAGGCAGACAGACAGUCAGUCGAUCGCUCGCUGUGUAGGACACUCCAACACACAUACAUAUAUACAUACCGAAAAAAUUUUGGACGGCACUUGUUCCGUGAAAAAAGCUGCGCAUGAAGCACAACGCUCCAACAACACCGCUACCACUACUACAACAACUACUACGGAAGAGAGAUAGUCUGCAUUUUGGUCAUAUUCCAAAAUACGUUUUUAAGUACUUGCAACACAUUGCUUGUAACAUUACUAAGGUCGCAUACGCGUCAGCAGCAGCUGUUUGUAGUAGCACCGCGAGUGCUUGGUGUAUUUGGUUGCUCGCCAAUCGGCAGCCAGACGAGGAGUUGGCGGAGGAGACGCACACUUACCACGUGCUAGAAACUAACGCCGGUUAUUACUUUAGCCGCUGCUCGUACGCGACGCAAUGGUCGGCAUGCGGACGUCUGCGACGCCGUGUAUCAGCUAUUGAAAUUCCGCUCAGCGCUCAAGACUGGCAACUUUUAUUUUCCGUUUCGGUUUUGCGGCACACAACGUUCGCUACUUUUUAGAGCAGCAAGUGAAGACAAAAUCGGAAACAAACAAAAGCGAAGAAACAGCAAGCAUAAUGCCAGCGCGACGGUAAUGAAGUAACUCUCUGUACAUAUAUUUAAAUGUGUGUGUAUAUUUUAGUUCUACGUCAAAACUUCUACAUUCCUUCCUGCCAUAAUUGUUUUUUUUUCAUCUAACUCAAAACUAAAUUUAAUUUAAACUUUUAUAAAAAAAAAGUUUUCUACUUAAAAUAUGCGCUGAGUGUUUGAAGUUAAAAUUUAUAUAUAUAUGUAUAAAUAUGUGUGUGUAUAUUCGCCGCUGUAAGUGAAGUAAACGGAAAAGAGCAAUAAAACUAUACGAAAGUUAUAGCAUGUAAAAUAAAUAAAUCGAAAAUAAAGAAAGCAAACGAAAUAUGUGAAAAGAAAUUAAAGCAGACGAAACGAGGUAAAUAAGCAACAAAACUUUAUUGUGAUUUAAUAAAAUAAUAAUAACUACUUACGAUACGAGCAAGGCAAAUAAAAGCUGAAGUCAUAAAGGAAACUAACGAAAAUAAAGAAAACUAACAAAUUUGUUAUAUAAAACACACAAAAAACAAAUAACAAAACAAAAAUGCAACUAAACGAACCACAAAUCAAACGAAAAAUGUCGACAAGUCGAUGUUGCCACAAUGCCAAUGAUGGCUUCACGACCAUCGGAGCGACGCAAGUCUUCCUCGUACUGACGCUGUUCGUGAUUGGGAAUCUAAGUGCCUGGCAGGAGAAUGUGCGGCCGAAACUUUAUGUGGAAUUAGGUCCUGAAGAUGUGCUAAAAUUUCUCGGAAACGAAAGUGUCGUGGAUCAUUUUAAGCUUGUCACAAAGGAUGGCAACAGCCUGCUCGUCGGUGCCAGAAACAUCGUCUAUAACCUGAGUAUACACGAUUUAUCUGAGCAGCAGCGCUUAGUGUGGCAAUCCACAGAGGAUGACGUCAAGAUGUGCAUUAUCAAAGGCAAAGCCGAGGAGGCAUGUCAAAAUUACAUUCGCAUCAUGGUAGUGACGUCGCCGGGUCGUUUGUUCGUGUGCGGCACCAAUUCAUUUCGGCCUAUGUGUAAUACAUACAUAAUCAACGAGUACAACUAUACCCAGGAGGCGAACAAAAGCGGCCAAGCCGUAUGUCCCUACGAUCCGCAUCACAAUUCAACAUCGGUAUUUGCUGAUAACGAGCUAUACUCCGGCACUGUGGCCGAUUUUAGCGGCAGUGAUCCGAUUAUCUAUCGUGAGCCGUUACAGACGGAGCAAUACGACAGCCUAAGCCUCAAUGCGCCAAAUUUUGUCAGCUCUUUUACACAGGGCGACUUUGUGUAUUUUUUCUUCAGAGAAACGGCUGUGGAGUACAUCAAUUGCGGCAAGGCAAUUUACUCACGCGUCGCGCGUGUCUGCAAAUGGGACAAGGGCGGACCGCAUCGUUUUCGCAAUCGCUGGACGUCAUUCCUUAAAUCACGCCUCAACUGCUCCAUACCCGGCGAAUAUCCGUUCUACUUCAAUGAGAUACAAUCGGCUAGCAAUCUCGUCGAAGGACACUAUGGCCAAACAAGCGCCAAAUUGAUUUAUGGCGUUUUUAAUACGCCAACAAAUUCAAUUCCCGGCUCGGCAGUUUGUGCAUUCUCACUGCAGAAAAUCGCCGACACAUUCGAGGGUAACUUUAAGGAGCAAAGCAGCAUUAACUCAAAUUGGUUGCCAGUCAAUAAUGCCAAGGUGCCCGAACCGCGACCCGGCUCCUGUCACAAUGAUUCACGAACACUGCCGGAACCGACGUUGAAUUUCAUCAAAACACAUUCGCUAAUGGAUGAGAACGUUCCGGCGUUUUUCGGUCAACCAAUUUUGGUCAGGACGAGCACAAUUUAUCGCUUCACACAAAUCGCUGUGGAUGCGCAGAUAAAAACGCCCGGCGGAAAGACUUACGAUGUAAUAUUCAUCGGCACAGAUCAUGGCAAGAUUAUUAAGUCCGUAAAUGCCGAAUCAGCCGAUUCAGAUGCGAAGGUAUCAUCGGUGGUGAUUGAGGAAAUCGAUGUGCUGCCGAAGAGUGAACCGAUUAGAAACUUGGAAAUUGUACGCACGAUGCAGUAUGACCAACCAAAGGACGGCAGCUACGAUGACGGAAAAUUAAUCAUUGUCACCGAUAGCCAAGUGAUUGCAAUACAAUUGCAUCGCUGUCACGAUGACAAAAUCACCAGCUGUAGUGAGUGCGUAGCGCUGCAGGAUCCAUACUGCGCUUGGGAUAAAAUUGCUGGAAAAUGCCGUUCGCAUGGUGCGCCACGUUGGCUGGAAGAGAAUUAUUUCUAUCAGAAUGUUGCAACCGGGCAACAUGCGGCAUGCCCAUCAGCAUACACUCCAUUCACAUUUGCAGGUAAAAUCAAUUCCAAGGAUGCGAAUGUCGGCGAACAAAAAGGCUAUCGUGACGAUAUGGAUUUGUUGGAUUCACGACGCCAAGGCAAGGAUCAGGAGAUCAUCAAUAUUAUGGGUGAUAAGAAUUUCGAAGGUCCACAAAUUUCAGCAGAUAUUAUCAAUGCGCAGUAUACCGUCGAAACGCUCGUUAUGGCCGUCUUAGCAGGUUCAAUUUUCUCCCUAUUAGUGGGCUUCUUUACAGGCUACUUCUGUGGCCGACGCUGUCACAAGGAUGAGGAUGACAAUUUGCCAUACCCCGAUACGGAGUAUGAGUACUUUGAGCAGCGUCAAAAUGUCAAUCGCAUACAAGCCGAGCCCAAGCUUCUACCUCAAGUGGAGGAGGUGACGUACGCCGAACCGGUGCUCUUGCCACAGCCACCACCACAAAAUAAAAUGCAACAUUCACCAAAGAGUACGCUACGCAAGCCCAUGCAUCAUCAUGGACCCAACUCCGAAACGCUCUUCCAAUUCCAGCCCGAUGGCUAUAAUACACAACAGACAUAUCGCGGUCGGGACAAUUUCGGCACACUGCGAUCGCAUCAGGUGAUGGGUGAUAAUUAUCGUCGUGGCGAUGGCUUUUCGACAACUCGCAGCGUUAAGAAGGUUUACCUUUGAGACGGGAAUGGGGCGGCUGAUACCAGUCAGGGACUAAUUACCCAAAAUAUGGCUGUAAACACAAAUACACGUAACAGAAGUCUUGGUCGUUUAAGAAGGCAGCCGCCCCGUCAUGGUAUUGUAACUCAGCACCGUUCGAAUAGUCCAGCACAACACUCCAGUUCCGGUUCAUCGCCGGUGAUGUCAAAUAGUAGUUCUAGUCCAGCGCCACCUUCCAGCAGUCCUAGUCCGCAGGAGAGCCCCAAGAAUUGUAGUUACAUUUACCGUGAUUGAUUGAUAUGUAAUACCAAAUCGA